CACCUUUCUACUGACUGAGCAAUGAGGUAUUCUUCGGAUGGGGAAGGCCACAAGGAAUUGAUCCGGCACACACCAAUUGCAACACAGGCGCCUCUGCGCCCCCAGCAGCACUAAAAGUCUGCCGAGUGUUGCAAGCCCGCUUUUGUCGGAUGGGACAAGCUGUGGGAGGGGGAAAAAACUCUGUCUUUUGCGUGCAGUGGUGCAGCGACAUACAGAUACAAUAUUGCAGACAGACGCGCGACACGAACAGGAAAACAAAGGAUAUUUUGCGGGAAUCUGGACACUUGCAUAGCGUGGGUACUUUUCUUACGCAAGUUUUCACUCGGUCAUGGCAUCAAGGCCCCAGGAAAGUUCCCGAAUGGGUCCCAUUAGGAAAGACACCAACUCAAAGAGAAAAAAGAGACCCCAGAAAAAAGCAGGGCAAAUGGAGACGUUCCGCGGCGGAACGUGUGUCGUCGUGUGGAGCCGUCUCGCGCGGGAUCCAGCGACGAGCAUCAUUGUGCUCCAGCUGAGCUCCAUCUGGCGACAUGUCGAAAACCUCGGCCUGGCCUUUGUGAAUUGGGACGGCAGAUACUCGGCAUCUGGAUAUGAGGAGGUGGAUGAGAAAACAGAGCCAACAAGAAGAACGAGAAGAGACCACAUCCAUCAGGGGUCCUGCAAGUGCUGCAAUUCCAGCACGUCUUGUCCAUGUAAUUUGGACGUAAUGGACGUGGAGUUGCCGAUCCACCACCAGAACCUCACCGAACGGCGGACGGGCAGAAAAAAAAGGGAAAGACCACACAAGAAAAAGACAUCCAACAAGAGACGGACAUGGACCGGUCCGUUGAGAAAGGAGGGGGGGAAAGUAACCAGACAGGAAAGAGGGGUUCAGCUUUGUGUGCGUGCGUGUGCAAGUGCUCGGCAGACAGAGCAGGUGCACACCUCAACAAGUUGCAAGAGCUUCGCAGAGCUUCCUAGAGCUUCUGGCAACCCCGACAACUCCAGCCCACCCCCUUCCGCGCCACGCUAAACAGUUGCAAGAGCUUCUUGACCCCUUCCACACCCAGUGCAGAG